AUGCGGGAUCUGAUCCACCGCUUCCUACAGCACCUCGACCUGGAGCGGCAUCUAUCUGCCCAUACCCUGCGAGCCUACGAGGGGGACUUGCGACGGUUCUCCGAGUUCAUGGCCGGUGAGUACCUUGGCCGGGAUCUCGAUCGAUUACAGCCUAACGAGGUGGAACCUGCGGCGGUACGGGCAUUCCUCGCCGGCUCGGCUAGGCAAGGUCUUUCACGACGAAGCCAGGCCCGAGCGUUGUCGGCGGUGCGUAGCCUGUUUGCUUACGCCUGCCGACAGGGCGAGCUCGAGGCCAACCCGGCCCGCGGCGUACGCACUCCUAAGCAAGACCGCACCCUGCCCCGGCACCUGCGCCCCGAGGAGGCCGGCGCUCUGCUCGACGGAACCGGUCACGAGGUCGAUGACGAAGGCGAAUCAGCGACAACUGCAAAACCCGACAACGAAGCUCUGGUAGCUCGUGACCAGGCGAUGUUCGAGCUCCUCUACGCCACCGGCCUGCGAGUCGGUGAGUUGGUCAGCUUGGACUGGAAGGACCUCGAUCUCGGUGGCCGCGUCUUGCGGGUAGUGGGCAAGGGCGGCAAAGAGCGCAUGGUGCCGUUCGGGCGACCGGCCAAGAGCGCCCUGGGCGAUUGGCUGGACGCCUGGGACGCCGUGCGAGCUCGACGCAAGAUCACCAAGCCAGACGGCGAGCCGGUUUUCCUCAAUCAUCGCGGUGGCCGACUCAGUGCGCGCUCGGUGCGGCGCCUGCUCGAUCGCUACAGCACCGCUGCCGGUCUGCCGCCUGGCGUCCAUCCCCACACCUUGCGACACAGCUUCGCCACCCACCUACUCGAGGGCGGCGCCGACUUGCGGGCCAUCCAAGAGCUGCUCGGCCAUAGCUCGCUAGCCACCACUCAACGCUAUACCCACCUCGACAUCGACCGCUUGCUGCGGGUCUACCGGCAGAGCCAUCCGCGGGCCAAGGCCUCGUCACGAGAUGGUUGA